AGUACCGUAUUACGCUGAUAGGCCAGCAUCCAUUAAGACGCUGAACUGCAAAGCAGUAAUUCGUUAAUAUUAUGAACACAUUAGCGACGUUAAACUUCGCAAUACCGUUUUCAGAUACCGAGUAAUUUAUAAUACCGGUAGAACACUUUAUGUAUAUAUUGUUAAGAAAGUUUCGGUACACUUACUUUUAGUUUUGCAUUACCAAAAUUCCUUUUUUAGUAACUAUUUAAACAGGUAUAAUUUUGUAUCCCAGUUAAAGAACAUCAAAACUCUUUUAUACUUUUCCAUACCAAAAGACGAAAGCAGGGGAACGACUAUUCCACCACGAAUGCUAAGCAUACGAUUGCACCGGCAUUGCUUUAUUAUCUGAAUUUUAUAAUUUAUACAUCUUUAUACAUCUUGGAAGCAGCAGAUAUUAGAAAUGUUGCAUGUUUCCCGGAAUCGGUGCAUUAAAUGUUUUUAAGGGGGAAGCUGCAAUGUAUCGUCACGGUAGGGGAAUCCCGUAACAUAUAGAGGCUCUCUUAGGAGUCCAGAGAGCUACGCGACUGCGUAUGUGGUUGUAGGGAGUGCUGCGAAUUCGGAGGUUGAUCGGUACUGAAUUAAAUACGUAUACACUGAGAUUGAUAUUGAGAAGAAACAUAUUAAGGAAAUGAAUGUAUUGUGAAAUGGUUGUCCAUAUGGCCAACAGUUAAAUAGCUUUGUAGAAGAAGUUCUAGAGUGGGCACCACUUUACUUACUUCCGUGUAACAAACACUCUCUUCCAUAAUGAAGAAUUUAUCAAGAACAUGAUACAAUAAGACAUUACUGCAUGUAAACAGAAAAGCAGGAGAUAAGUUACAAGUACUAUGGAUAUACAAAAUAUACAUAUUCAGGAAGCUUCUGGGAAACUUGAUGUAAAAGACACAUACCUGGAAGACAACACCAAGUUUGUGAAAUAUGGAAACAGCUCACAAAGCUGUUUACUAUCAGGUGUGGACAUAGUUGCACAACAACUGAGAGAAGCACAUGGCUAUAAUGAAGCAAACAUACAAUCUGGUCUAGAUCGGUGUGUAACAUUAUUGAAGGGAAAAGAAGAUGAGAUGUCUACGGCUCAACCAACAAAGAAGCUAAAAACAGAACACAAAUUAAAGACUGAAGAAAUUGUUGUGAACAACAUAGAAGAUUUUCAUGUUUGUACUCAGUCAGAUAAGGAGUCAGAAAGUAAUAUAAAUGAACAAGAGUCUCAACAGUUAGUUGCUGGCUUUCCUCUUAAUAUAACUGCAGAUUCAUUUCAUGAAGACAACAGUAAUGAUGAUCAAAAUGCUUUAAGCAAGAAAACAAUAACAAGUGAAGUGUUUCAUAACAAAAUUGAUUGCUAUUCUACAGUUGGGAAAAGAAAGAUAAAUGAAGCUGAAGAGGAAGCAGCAUAUAAGGGACUAACAAAGAGCAAAAUGUCCACAGUGGACAAUCAAGAAGAGAGACUGUUUCCCAAGUCACUGGAAAAAUUCCAUGAUCAAGAAAUACAAGGUGUGAAACCAGCCUCAGUAGGCCAGGAAGUAUUAAUAAGUGUGUCCAAGAGGCCAGAAAAUGAUAAUUCAGGCAUGGAAUAUCCUCAAAAGGAAAUAAUAAUGUUGGAAGAUCAAAAUCAAAAGCCUCAGAAUAAGGAAACAACCACACUGAAUGAAGCACCUUAUGGAAAAAAUAACUGCUCAUGUACAGCAAAAGAAAUCAAUAAAUCAGAAAUUGAAGAUGGUUCAGAAAGAAAUGAAACAGUUUCUGAUGAAUCAGGCUCAGGAAGUUCUGUGAAAGAAAUUGCUGUUCUGGUCACUGAGAAUAGAAAUCAGAAUGCGGAAAAUAGGGGAAUUACAAAGCUAGUGUGUGAGGAAUUCAUCUCAAAUGACACAUUCACAUCGAACCAACUGAGUCCAGAAGAAGAAGGAAACAAUGAGACGCCAUCAGACAUAAUACUAACACCUAAUGAAGUACAUGAUGAAGAUAAUCACUGUAUGCUUCCAGCUGAGACACCAUCAGAUGCGAUAGUAACACCUAAUGAAGUACAUGCUGCAGAAAACCACAGCUUACAUUUGGUUGAAAAAGGAAAUAAGGAAGUGGCAGACAGUGCAAAAAAUAAAUCAGAAAAGAGUCUUCAUAUGAUCGUCUUUGAACAAGAAACAUCCUGGGCAGCCUUAUUACAGGAUGAAGUAUUCAAAUUAGUUGGUAUUUCUUGUAUUAGUGCUAAAUACAGUAUGAUAAAAACAUUGUUUCAGGGUACUACACAAAAGCAUUUUAAUAUCACCAAAAUAGUUGAAGUGCAAAAUCCUUUUUUAUAUAGUUAUUAUCUUUUGAGAAAAGCAGAAAUGAUGUCCAGAUAUGGUCAUAUUAAAGAAGAAUACCUCUUCCAUGGUACUAAAAUCAAAAAUAUUUCUUCAAUCUGUGAAAAAAAUCUUGACUGGAGAAAACAUGGAUCUAUAACUGGAAAUAUCUUUGGGAAAGGGGUAUCACUGACUCCUAUUUCAUGUUAUGCAAGUCAUUACUCAGACAAAAAUACGGUGGAAAAAAUUAUGUUCGUUUUCAGAGUCAUCAUAGCAGAUGAAACUGAGGGAAAUCCAGACAUGGUUUUACCACCUUACAAAGAUGAAUUAAGAAAACUGAGGUAUGACACUACAGUCAAGCCAAACCGUCAAGUUAUUGUCAAAUUUUCUGAUAAUGAGUUUUAUCCUGCUUAUGUGGUGUAUUACACUGGAAAAUAUAAGCCUCGUAAGUCUCGUAAGUGCAUCAGACUUUGAUACUUCAGCAUAACAAGAUAUAUAUCAGUCCUUCAUUAUUUCCUACUGAAAAACUGAUGAAUCUCAAUAAAAUAAUUAUUUGUCAUGAAAUUAUUACAUUACUGCAUCUCAUAUAGUUUUUUAAAAAAAUAAAAAGAAGAAAAGAUAGAGAGAGGCCCACAUUAUUUUGAAACUGAUUACUUAUAUCAGCACUGGAUGUUAGCAACAAAUAUUUAGUUUGUUAAUUUUACAUGACUCCUGCAAACUAUAAUGUCAUAUUGCAAAGAAUUUCUUUAUUUUUCCAUUGGACAUUUUAAUUUGUUUUUAUUAAGAAUCCUUUUUUCUUAUUUUCAAAAUAAAUAAAAGUCAUACCACAUUUUAAUUUUAUAGAACAUAAUUAUAGUGCAGCUUGUCAACUGGGUGCUCCUAUACCUUACAUCGGUAGUUCAUCAGGAUUUGUAUUAGUAAUAAUUUGGACUGCUUCUUGUGACAAAUUUGCUUUCAUCUCCAUACGGACUUUAACUGUUGUUAUCCUCUCAGCAAUGGCUAGUUUUGCUUAAGUUGCCAAAUAACACCUCAUUGUCAUAAUGUGCACAAACACCUCACAUGAAACAGAAAAACACAGGUGCAUCAGUAACAUGAAAUACCAAACAGUAUUAAGAAACAUUGCUUAGAUGAAUUAUAACAGUGUAUUAAUUACUGAUGCAAUACAUGCAAUACAUAAGAAAUAUG